GCAACUUAUCGCUACACAUAGGAGUGAUCGCGGAUCAGUUGAUUGGAUUAUUGGGAUAAAAAAUUAUCUGACCUUACUAGAUCAGAUAAUAUAAUAUUAGAACCCUACAUCCGAUCCUAUAUCCGACGGAUUUUUUUUCGGAUCGAUUCAGAUCGGUAUAAACGGAUUGGUCGGUUUGACAGAUUCAGUAUUCACCCCUAAUCAACGAAGACUUGGGGACGAAAGAUUGGGAUCCGCUGUUCUCAGUCGGCGACACGAGCCACAUGAGAGCUAACAAACGCCAUUGGCGUUCGCGGUUCGUCCAACGCUGCUGUUUGUAUCUCGGCUUACACUGCGGAUCCCACUCUACAUGGAUAAGCCGUGGCUCCCACCACCAUUCGGCCUCCCUUAUGCAUCCUUUGCCUGCAAGGAAUCAAUUAGUUUGCGACAGCCAGAUCGAAUGAGAAGGAGCAACUCAGCGGCGGCGGCGGCUGGGAGGAGGAAGAUCCUGAGGGGAGGAGGAGGGUCCGGCGGCGAGCCGAGGGCGUGCUGCAGCAAGGACGGGAUGAAGCGGGGCCCGUGGACGCCGGAGGAGGACGAGGCCCUGGCGAGCUACGUGCGGCUGGAGGGCGAGGGCCGGUGGCGCACCCUUCCGGCCCGAGCAGGCCUCCGCCGCUGCGGCAAGAGCUGCCGCCUCCGGUGGAUGAACUACCUCCGCCCCUCCAUCAAGCGCGGCCCCAUCGCCCCCGACGAGGAGGACAUCAUCCUCCGCCUCCAUCGCCUCCUCGGCAACCGGUGGUCGCUGAUCGCCGGCAGAAUUCCGGGGCGCACCGACAACGAGAUCAAGAACUACUGGAACACGCACCUCAGCAAGAAGCUCAUCGGCCAAGGCAUCGAUCCGCGCACCCACAAGCCAUUGCCGUCUCCCUCCGCCCCAUCCGCCGUCGCUGCACCGGCGGCCUAUGCCAUCCCACGACACCCACCUCGCCCUAACCCUAACCCUAACCCUAACAUGCCCGACGGAUGCUGGACGGAGAGCAGUGACCACGAUCAGUUGAUCGACGUCAACGCGGAGGCGGCGGAAGCCGGAGAGCGGCUAGAACCAGAACUGUUUGGCGUCAGCUUCGGCGAGGACAACAUCUUCUCCUCCUUCCUCGACUCACUCAUCGGCGACGGCGAAAACGAUCACAUUAAUGGCGAUACUCCUCCUGAUGACGAACAAUUUGCCUUCGUUUGGGAAAAGGAUCUCGAGGCUCAUCUAGAUCUGGAGGACAAUGCACACGAGCAGUUUACAGGUGAUCCUGAUGCAGGAAUCUGACUGAUUAAUCUAAGUAUGUUUAAUUCAUAUAUAUUGUGACAAAAGAUGAAUACGUUCGUGCAGCACCCUCAUCAACCCGUCAACGAGGAGGUUAUGUUUAAUUCAUAUAUAUAUUUAUGUGUAGUGUGCUGUAAUAGUAAUAGAUAGAUAGAUAGAUAUUGUUGAUAAAUGCUUGAGAAACCAGUAUCAUGCAUGAACUAAAGAACACAGCUUUAAUUACUUCAUUAUGUUUAUUAAUGCGUGUGCAUGCAUGCUUGCAUACACAUUAAUUUGC